UAGCAUUGCCCUAAAUUUGUACUAUGUUAAAAUAGAUCAUUUCCGAAACCCUAGCCUUGCACCGGAGGAGGCCUGCUAACAGCAGGGCGAACGAGUUCUCCUAUUUAUUUAGAUUUGAAUCCCUAAAAAUUCCUUCGGCCUUCGAGAGGAAUCGAAUCCUAUUCCUACCGGGAGCUAAAGAUGUCGAAGGGGGAGAGGAAAAGGGAUUUAUCCCGCUCUCUCGACUCCCACAUCCGCAGCAUCGAAGAGACCUUCCAGAUUUUGGAUGCUGCAGCGCCUCCUACUCUGGAGAAGGUGGACUGGUCGCAAGUCGCCAAGCUCGGGGAUGAAGUCUCCAAACAAGCAACUAUUGCUGGAAUGCUUUGGGGGGGAGAAGCACCUGAUGCAAAAGCACUAACGGAGAACAUGAGUGUGUAUUUCAAUGUACUUCAAGGGUUCCUUUUAAUCUGCCAUGGUAGUACUGUUGGUGCUGGGCCCACGCUUCAUAAAUGUAUCAAUACGUCUGCAAGAAGAGUGGUGGAUUGCAGCCUUUCAUUCUUCAGAGAAGCCGUCUCCUCCUAUGAGUCUCAAAAUUCUGGUAAAAGACUAUCCGUUCCGCAGCUGACGGGGGCAGUUUGGGAGGCGUGUGGUGCUCUCAAGAAGGUCCCAACUACAAAUUGCACCGCCAUUGGACGAGCCAUGACUCAGGUGGCUGUGUGCCUCAAGGAUAUUCAACGCGAGAUGCAAGAACUCGCAUCGGUUGACUCUUCUGCCGAUUCAGCAGAUGGAUCUUCCAAUGAAGCAGUCGAAACUGCUAGUGGGUCUGAUCAAGAGCUUGGCGACGAGCUAUCUUCUGAGGAGAUCACUAUCGUCCGAUUAGUUGUCUGUGCAGUGUCUGAUGUGCUUACAGUCGUCAAAGAGGUUAUUCGGUUCGUCACGGGGCUGCUCAAGUGCUCGAGUCAAAAUGGAAGUAAAACAGAGGAUGGUGUUGAUUCACUGGAAAGAUUGCUGAUUAACUGCCAAAAGAUGGCAGACGAAGUGAAUGAUUUGGGAUGCUGUGUUUAUCCCCCGCAGGACAUCUCUCAGAUGAAAUCGAUUAUCAAAAAUAUGUAUGGUAGAGUGCAAGAAAUGCGAGGGGAAGUCGGGAUGCUUGGUGGCUCACCUGACGGUGUAUUUUCUGCUGUUGUGGGAUUUGAGAACUCCCUGAAAGAAUUGGAGUCUCGGUUGUGUGGUGAUCAACUAGUAAACGAAAUGGCACUUCUUUCUGUCUAGUAUUUUAAGUGGCUGCGUCUUGGGGAGAUCGUAAAUGUUUUUGGUCAUUUUGAACCACAAGUUUGCUGGUUCUAGUCUCAGGAGCACACUUCAUCAAAAGAAAAUGUCAAAGGCUAGAACUGUCUCUAAGCACUCAUUCCCAUGGUGCCAAUUUGGUUACUUUUAUAAGCUAAGUUGGGGCAAAUACUUUGUGAGGUUCUUAGUUUCAAAGAAUCCUUCUGUAGUAUAUCUUGAAGGAGUAUGUCCGUUUACUUGUUGUGCCACUGAGAACUAUUAUGAAUAUGAUCUCUUGUGAGCACACAAAGCAAUAUGUGAAUGUGUGUUUCAGAAAGUUCCAAUACGUUUCACUUUUGGAGUGUAAACUAGGGCUAAAAAUGGGUCGGAUAUUGUCAGACUGGAUCUCUGUGGCAUCUCAGGAUUUGGAAUAGUCAGUAUAUAUGAGAUAUAAUAGGGACAACUUUUUAA